UCUGGCAACUCUGCUCAAGAACACAACAACAUCUCCCGCGCCAGGAGGAGAAGCUCCUGUGUGUGUGUGUGUGUGUGUACAGGAAACAAACUUCCCUUCAUGCAAACUGCACCUACUAUCAAGAAGAAGAGGAGGAACUACAGUUACUACAAACUACAAUAAUACAAGAAACAUUACUCGUGGAGUCAUCAGGAGAAAAACCUCUAUACAAACUGUAGUAUCAAGACGACGACGCCGACAAGUGAUUGUUGAAAGAUGUACUGGUAUUCCUUAAAAUUUGGCUUGGGGAAGUGUCAUCCACAUUGGCAAACGACAUUUAGCAAUCCUCUAUGGCAUCGAUUAGUUUCACUGACAGUUGUGAAUACCGAAUCAGACAAAGUUGAUAGUGAUACAUUUGGACGUUUAGCUGCGUUAUCUAGUGUAAAUAAUAAUAAUUUAAAGGAUAAAAAUGGCCAACAGACAGCUCCUGGCAGCUUUGCAAAAUUUAAGUUCAAUGAAAAUAUUUAUAGAUUUAAAGAAAAUGGAAGAAGUACACCAUUAGUGGAGAGUUUGGAGAAUUAUCAACAAGAGAAUAUUCUUGACAAAUGGAAUAGAUUUAAAGAUGCACAUUAUGAGGAACUCCUGAAGGAUUCGGGAAAUAUUUUACAAGACGAUAAUGAGGAUGAUUAUUACUACUUCCAAAAGAAAAAUGCCAAAAAGAAAACUGUGAAAAGUGAAGAUGGUAACACCUCUCUAAAUGCGUCUCUCAACGAAAAUACAAAUUUGCGCUUGGAAAAGGAAAAUGAAAGUCAGCCAGAACAAAUAAGCAGCGAUAAAUUUGGUACAAUAGCUCCACCAAAGCUUGAUCAUUUGAAUGCAACUGGUGAUGAAGGCGAUGAGAGAGAAGAAAGGUACCAAGAAGCAAAGCUGGAAAGGAGACAUAGACCUGCAUACUAUGGGCUGCGGAUGAAGAACUUGUGCAAGGAAAGAAAGUUGCUAGAUGCUCUGAAGAUUCUGGAGGAGGAGAUGCCAGCUGUGGCGGCCAAGCCUGAUUACUUUUGUUACCAAGUUCUUAUAAAUGCCUGUGGAAGGGCUGGGUAUACUAAAAAAGCUUUUCACCUUUACAAUCAGAUGAAGAGAUGUGGUUUUCAAAUUCAGCCUGUAGCAUACACUGGACUGUUCAAUGCAUGUGCCAACUCCCCGUGGCCAACCACUGAUGGACUGAAGCGGGCUACCGGGCUGCGAGAGCAGUUACUAGAAAAGGGAUACAUUUUCAACCAAACAAUCACCCAUGCUAUGAUAAAAGCAUUUGGAAGAUGUGGAGAUAUCAACACAGCCUUCCAAAUUGUUGAUGACAUGAUUGAGCAAGGAUUGCUAGUCACCACGGAAACUAUUAAUUUUCUGCUUCAGGCAUGUGUUACUGACAAGCAAACAGGUUUUAGGCAUGCAUUAAUGGUAUGGAGGAAAAUGCGAGAGUUGAAACUAUCUCCAGAUAUUUAUUCAUAUAAUCUCUUGAUACGUUCCAUCAAGGACUGUGGCAGUGGAGACCCACAAUUGACCUCCAGGCUGCUGCAGGAAAAAGUAAAUGCCUCAUGUAAAGGAGCAAAAGAGAAGAUGAAACAAAUAGUAAAGGAAAAUAUUCUGGUCAUAGAAAGUGAGAUCAAAAAACAUGAUCCUGUUCCAGGAGAUGCAAGCAGCACUCAGGAUAUAUCAGGCAAUGUGGAAAUAAGUAAUAGUAAUUCUCCCGUUACUAGUGAAAAUGUAAAAGAUGAAAAGAUAUACAAAUUGAUUGAAAUCAAGAGAGAAAUACAGAAUAGUACAAAAGAGGAUCUUGUAUUACCUAAUUUAUUAGGUAGGAAGAUAACUCCCGGAACUGUUGUGGGUUUGGGAUCACUGGAUCAACCACAUGACAGGUUAGCUCUUCUAGGUGGGCCCAGUGGAAUAUUUAAACAAAUGGAACGAGACCGAGUAAAAGCAAAUUUGAAGUCUGUCACGCAACUUCUGGAUUCUUUACCUGCAAGUACUGAAGCAGAGGAGGCCCUCCUCCAGUCUAUGAAAAAUAUUGGCCUCAGUCCAGACACACAAUUUUGCAACAUGCUAAUUCGCAAACGCAACUUCCGGAAAGAUGCUGGGGCUGCAAAGGAUGUUCUUGACAUAAUGCAGGAGCACCAAUUACUUCCUGAUAUAAUCACUUUUGGUUGCUUAGCUUUGGGUUGCCGGAAUCUUGAAGAUGCAAUUGGCCUGUUACGAGAAAUGGAAGCAGCUGAAUUCAGACCUAAUCUGGAGAUAAUGACAAUUCUGGCAAAGAAUAGCUUAUUGAAGCAGGAUUAUUUCUUCACAUUAGAGAUGCUAAAAGAAAUGCAUCAGCAUAACAUUGAACCGGAUGUUAAUCUUCUCAAGCUUCUUGAAUCUGCCAGGACUAAAGCACGCAACACUAUCUUGCAAAUGGAAAGAGAGAAAUCUUCUAUGAAAAUCAGCAAAAGGAAGAUGGAGGGUAUAAGGAUCUAUCUCUUAGAGUACAAAAAUUGGCUUAAGAAAUCACCGAUACAACUUCCAGAUCAUCCUUGGGCACAAUACAAGGCAGCAUCAAGUGCAGUUAACAGCACUUAGAUUUUGUCUCUGUCUUUGUAUGGCAGAAAUUCAGGUGAAUUUGUCCCAUAUCUUGUCUCCUGGUCACAAAAUUGUAGUGCACUGCUCACCUGUUUUAAUGUUAUAUCAGGAACAAUUUUGAUUAUAACAAAUUCCCAAUGUAGCUUAAUUCUAGUUUGUAUGAGAUCCAAUAAGAAAUAUUAUCCUAAGUUGUUAAGAACACACACAAUUUGCGAAUGUUGAAAUCUUAGUUUUUUUGUUAUUAUUGUAUAUUUUGUGAAGUUCUAUACAGAUCAAGUUUUCACAAUGAAGACAAAACAUACAACAUGUUGUGUGUCUCAAGUUAACAUUACUUUUUACAGGUACUGUACUGUGUGUGUGUAAUAUUUUGUAAAGAAACAUUGUAUAAUAUUUGUAUCAUCUUAGUUACACUGUGCUAUACAUCUGUAAUAUAUUGUACAUAUAGGAAAUGCUUUAUUGUUUAAUACUGUACUGUACUGUAUAUACUCUAUGUAUAUUUAUACAAACAUUGCUUAAUCAAGACUUGCUAUAAUUGAUAAAUUUUGUAAAAUACACUAGACGAAUUUUAAAUGAAAACCCUUUUAGAAUGAUGCUGAAAUAUAUUGUAUAAGUUAUGUAUCUUUAUUUGAUUUAAAAUUAAACUUGAAUUUGCAAAUACAGUAUA